AUGAAGAAGCAUAAGGAUGAGGAUGAGGAUGAGGAUGAGCAGAACCCAGCAGAACGGAGUACAACUCUGAACUGCACUACUUUGAAUAUGAAGUUAUACAUUAUUGUAAAUUUGGUUUUCAUGUUAGUCGGUUUUGGAUGGGGUCUAAAUUGCAAUAAGCCUUGUGGACCGUGCAUUUUGCCCACCUGCAAUUAUGAUGGAAAAUGUUAUUAUGAGGGCGUCAGCGCCUGUGGAUUGGAAAAUGAGAAGUGCCGACGUAAGCAGAAUAAGCUUCCCGAGUUCAUCAAAUCCGAUUCUGGAUAUUGCGACGAAGGUGUUAAAAUGUGUAAAUAGUAGAUUGAAAAAAUGUGCUCCUUAUUGAUUUUAUAAAUACAAACCAAUCAAACAAA